AUGUGGUCCCUUUUCCUCCUCUCGAGUUUACUGUUUUCCACUCGAAUUCUGGCUGAAAAUGCUACCGCCCGUGUCGAUAUUCUUCUAAUUCUAGAGCGGCAAAAGUUGAUUCAAGUGGUGAGAUUGUGUACUGAAAUUGAGAGGAAAAGGGGGAAUUUCAGAGUGAAGAGAAGUCGUCGGCCGAAAUUUCGUUCGAGUUGUGCUUUGAAUGGGAAACGAAGCGGGCUAAACUGCCGAAAAGCAGAGAAUUGGCCGCGUGGAGUGAACUGGACGAUUUUGGAAUUAUCACAGAAAACUUGUAACCAGAAGUCCAUCAGAUCAGCAAAAGUCAGGCCUUCCAGACAAUCCUUCCAAUCGGCAAGAAGUGUUGUCACUCGAGAGAAUAGUGUUCAGAAUGUGAGAUCCAGCCGGUCAGUGGUCCUCCAAUCCGAAAAGCCACUCGACUUUUCCGCCUUUCCAAAUGACGUUCAUUUAUUCCAACUUCGCUACACUUCGGUCGCCAAAAACUCUUCGCAGUUGACUUUGAAUCCUCAUUUCGUAGUUUCCGCUCCGGAACAGGUCUGAUCACAAAGCAUUCUAAUACCUAACUCCUAGUUCUUUAUUCAGAGCCACUCACAAUGGCAGUUUGAAAUUGAAAAGGCGUUUGUCCAAUGGGUGGUCCACAAAAAUGAAUCAUUUGAACAGGUUUCUCAUCUCUUCCAAUUGAAACACACAAAUAAAUUCAGGCCGUUUUCGAGUUCCGCAUCUCCCGCCGACCGCCUCCGUCUCUCCGAGUUUCCCUCUUUCUGACGUUCCUCAUAAAUAUGGCGAUGAUUUUUGCAUACUUUCCAAUAUCCGGAAUGUACCAAAAGACCACUUCUUCGGUGAGUUAUCCUUGAACAAUGAAAUUGAAAACGAACUCUUCUUCCACAGGGCUUCUUCCUCUGCUGCGGAUUCCUAAUUGCUAUAGCUUCUACUGGCCAAGUUCCAAAAUCUGGAACAAUUACUAGUUUUGGUAAGACUGAAAACGUUCAACAAAUUAAACUUUUAUCAACAGAUUAUCAACUGUUAUCACUGCUUCUUUUGGGAUUUCUCAUCGAAAUCUUCCACCAAAUGCUCCCAUUCCUCAUUUUUCAUUUGAGGUUUGUCGCGGAAGUCUUUUUCGUUUGCAGAAAAGUAUUUGAUUUCAGAUGCUGUCCAAUCGAAGCGGAGCCGUCUCCCCCGAAGUUUCCAUCUCCAAGUGACCAAUUCAGUUUGGAUACGGAGAGAUCAAAGUGCAGAGUCCCUCUGAGUGCAUCCAAGAUCUUUGACGUUCUUACAGAUGCAACGCCGCCCUGGAUUCGGCUCGUGCCGAAUCAGCGAAGAGUCCACGAGUUGCUAACUUCGAUAUGUGUCUGGCUGAAGUGAAAUACACAAUGUCCGUGUUGAAUGAGGUUCUGAAUAUGCAUUCUUCGGCGGAAUGGAGACGGUACGACUCUAUCCUGAAAUACUUUUCUCAAAAUGAUUCCAGAAAGCUCUGGUGCAAUGCGUAUCGUCGUUUCGAAAUGCUCGCAUUCGUAAUCCUCCAACUCAUCAAUUUCAUUCUGUUCUCCUCGUUUUGCCAAUAA